GGUGCAGGGAGCCAGCGGACAAGUCUGUGUGUCUGCCUCACUCACCACCCUCACUCUGCACCAUGGGGAAGGACAGGCUGCCCAGUGGCCAGAGCAUCUUCCUCCUGUUCCUCUUGCUCCUCCCUGGAGACACCUCGCCCACCACCGAACCGCAGUACAUGGUGCUAGUGCCCUUUCUGAUCCACACCAACGGUCCUGAAAAGGUCUGUAUCCAGCUGACCCACCUGAACGAGUCUGUGACGCUGAGCGUCACGCUGGAAUACGCAGGGGAGAACAGGAGCUUGAUCGCAGACGUGGUGUCGGAGAAGGACGUGUUCAAGUGCAUCCCGUUCACAGUUCCCAAAUCUAACAGCUCAUCAGCAGCGUUUCUCACGGUGCUGGUGAAGGGGCCAUCGCUGGAGUUCAGGAGCCGGAAAUCGGUGCUGGUCAAGAACUCAAAGAGCCUGGUCUUUGUCCAGACAGACAAACCCAUCUACAAACCGGGACAAACAGUCCUGUUUCGAGUUGUCUAUCUGGAUGAAAACUUCCAUCCUCUGAAUAGGUUGGUUCCACUGGCCUAUAUCGAGGACCCACAGAAGAACCGUGUGUAUCAGUGGCAAGAAGUUGAAUUAAAAGGGGGCUUCACCCAGCUCUCCUUCCCCCUCACCUCCGAGCCCAUCCAAGGGACCUACAAAGUGGUGGUGCAGAAGAGCUCUGGGGACAAGGUGCAACACCCCUUUACUGUGGAGGAAUAUGUGCUGCCCAAAUUUGAAGUGCUGGUGAAGCUGCCCAAGAUGAUCAGCAUCCUGGAGGAGAAGUUGAAGGUGACAGUCUGUGGUCUAUACACCUUUGGAAAGCCAGUCCCUGGCCUUGUGAACGUCCGUGUAUGCCGGAAAUAUAACCACCCAGGCACCUCCUGUUAUGGCGAGGAUGCAAAGGCAGUGUGUGAGGAGUUCUCUGGACAGGCAGACAGCCACGGCUGCAUUUCUGAAGUGGUAAAGACCAAGAUAUUCCAGCUCAGGAGAGCUGGGUACGAGGAUAAAAUCCAAGUGGAAGCCAAGAUUAAAGAGGAGGAGACAGGGGUGGAGUUAACUGGGACUGGCUCCUGCAAACUCACAUCCACCAUUAGCAAAGUCACCUUUGAGAAAGUGGACUCCCAUUACAAACCUGGGAUCCCCUUCUUUGGGCAGGUGAAGCUGGUGGAUGGGACCGAUGCGCCAAUCGCCAAUGAAACAGUCCAUAUUUCCGUGGAAGAGAGCGGCUAUCAAGUCAACUACACAACAGAUGAUCAGGGGCGAGCACGGUUUGCCCUGGACACAUCUAAGUUCAAGUUCGCCUCCAUUGGGCUCAGAGCAACUCAUAAAACAGGCGCCUACUGUUACGACCGUUCCUGGACCAGUCCUUCAUACGAAUUGGGCUAUUUCAGAGCAAAGCGGUUUUACUCUUCGAGUAACAGCUUUCUCAAAAUAGAGCCUGUGUCAGAGACGCUAAGCUGUGGCCACACUCAGGAAGUCCGGGUGCACUAUAUCCUGAAGCCAGAGGCCGUGGGGGAGCAGAAGGAAAUCGUCUUUUACUAUUUGGUGAUGGCCAAAGGAGGCAUUGUGCGAGCAGGGACCCAGGCUCUGGCUGUGGAGCAUGGUGAUGUUAAUGGGACCUUCUCACUGAUGCUCCCCGUGGAGUCUGAUAUUGCUCCCCUGGCACAGAUGCUCAUAUACACCAUUUCACCCAAUCAGGAGCCUAUUGCUGAUUCAGUCAAAUUCCAGGUCGAAAAUUGCUUUGCCAAUAAGGUUGACUUGCAUUUCUCACCGGCCGAGGGCCUCCCCGCCUCCGACACUCGCCUCUGGGUCGGGGCCUCCCCAGGCUCCUUGUGCGCUGUCCGUGCUGUGGACAAGAGCGUCCUCCUCAUGAAGCCUGAAGCCGAGCUCUCUCCCAGCUCUGUGUAUAACCUGCUACCCGUGAAGGAACUUCAGGGGUAUCAUCAUGGCGCAGACAUGCUGCCGAUGGAUCCCCAGGAGGAGUGCAUUGCCGCAGAGAAGAUAAUUGUGAAUGGAGUCACCUAUGCUCCAGUGUCGGAGCCAGAUGAAGAGGACACUUAUAGCAUCUUAAAG